CUGUCACUUGUAAUUUUGUAAAAAAAAAUGGCGAAAAAUCCGCUUUUUUGCCAAACAAAUGUGUGUGAAUAAAAUAAAAAUACCAAUCUACCGAAAUACUGAUGAUAAAUAAGACCGCGUUAUGUGAUUCACAAACAAAAUGCCUAACAAAGAGUCCAACCGUGUUCAGAGCACUGAGACCAAGUCGGUAAUGGCUACUGCCCAACAGACUGCAGUUGCGAAGACUGCCACUCCGUCUGCCAAGGUGGUUGUGUGCAAGGCGGCUGUGAAAGAUACAGCGAUGUCCCCAACAGCCCCCACCGGCGAGACGGAGCGCACAGAACUCCUCGGCUCGCUCACCACGCUGCAGCAGCAGAGAACCAGCGCCAGGGUCAUCAAGAAGCUGCGCCUGGACCCGCCUGCUGAUAAGGACAAGAAGAGCAAGCGACCUGACGGACAGCCGGAUGAUCUCACAGAAUGCGACACCCCAAACAAGAUGGACGACAAAGACCCCCUAAAGUUUCCCACCGUCAAGCAACGCAUGCCCAAAGCGCUCUGGUCUACUGACGAGAAGAAUCUGUUCUUCGAGGCUCUGAACGAGUACGGCAAAGACUUUGACGCCGUCACAGCAUACAUCUGCGCCAAGAUGAAGAAGAAGGGCAUGCCAGAUGUCAAUCUCAAGACUAAGACGCAAGUCAGCCACUUCUACUACAGGACCUGGCAUAAGCUGUCGAAGCACGUGCAUUUUGAUGAGAACGUGAAGAAGGUAGCGCAAGAAUUGUACGCGCUGAUCAACUACGGCGAGCUGCGCAAGAAGCUUUCGUGCGUAAGCGAGAAGACAUGUGCGCGCUUGGGAGAGAUGGUGCGCUGCGGGAGCAUCGCGGUGCGCGCGCGCGGACGCAACACGCGCGUGCGCACGCCCGCCUGCCGCGCGCUGCGGAACCUCAACCAGAUCACAGUGGGCAGUAGACAAAACAAGUUUAGGAACCGCUGCCUUAGAGCACAACACACGUCGCCUGGGAGAGAUGGUGCGCUGCGGAACCUCAACCAGAUCACAGGUGCGACUGGCGACCUUGUGUCUGUACCCUUAGAGCACAACACACGUCGCCUGGGAGAGAUGGUGCGCUGCGGAACCUCAACCAGAUCACAGGUGCGACUGGCGACCUUGUGUCUGUACCCUUAG